AUGCUGUCGCGGCCCCUGCGCCUCCUUCCACAGCUAUCAGCCAGCCUGAUGGCUCGUACCAUGUCCUUAACGCGUUCACUAUCCCGGCCUAUGCCCAUCAUGACUGCGUCAAAAUCCCCGGCAAGUCCUGCUUCUACUGUGGCGUUGCUAACCACACCCUCCCCGUGUGCCCUACUCUCAAGUCGGACUAUGUCCGCAACACCAUGCGUGCUGGCUUUGACCGCACAGUCUUUGACAAACACGGCUCUGCCUCUGCCAAGAAGCGCAAACGCGACGUCGACUAUUCGCCGCGCCCUACCCAUCGACGUCGUGACGACCGCGAUGAUCGCGGAGGGCCUAGUGGCCAGGGUGGUUUCAGUGGUCGUAGUGGCCCAGGUCGCGAUGACCGUAACCGUGGUGGUCGUCAUAACAGUGGCCACAGUGGAUAUGGACGUGAUGACCGUGGCACUAGGGGUGGCUCUGGCGGUCGAGACCGCAGCCGUGAUCGUACUGGCCGUGAAAACCGCGGUUCUGGUCGUUAUGAUCGUGACGCCGGCAACGCUGCUUAUGAUGCAGUCAACCGUGACCUUGGAUGCGGUCGUCCUCAGGCUGCUACCAACUACACCAUCAUACCAUCCUCCCUCAACCGUGUCCUCGAAAAGCCUCAACCGCCUAGCGUGCUACCCAAAGUUUUUACUACGGGCUCUGCCCCACUCGCACACAGCAGCCAUUCAGGUCAAAGCGAUCAACGUUGAGGCGGGCAAGAAGCUCGCAGCUCAGUGCUCUGCCGCGCACACAUUCUUAGUGUCUGCCAUCUCAGUUAACCUUCGCCGCCUCAACCAGACGACGGUGUGUCCCUACUCGCUCUUUGAGCUUCUUAAGUUCACGGAAGAGAGUUGUAUCGACACUCUGGCUGUUGAGCUCACUGACCUCGUCAAGCGUUACCGCGUGUCGAUGACCCCGCCCUCCUUCAACCUUUUGGACGCGUCGGUCAUCUCGUCUAUCGACUACGACACCCACAUCUGGAACUACCACACUCUGUGUGCCAUGUCUGGCACCUUUAUCAACGACAAGGAGCUCUGGGAAGUCGUAACGAACUAUGUCUCCACUGCGCGAGCCGCCGGUACCCCCGUUGUUGUUGAUGACGUUUGGGUGUCCCUCCGUCGUAUUCUUACGAAUCGGCUUCAACGCGCCUCUGCCCUGGGUGACCACGGCUCUGUCGCCACCAUCCAGUCUCGUUCUCAAUUUGCCGCGGUCACGCAUGCUGUCGCGGUCCCUGCGCCUCCUCCCACAGUUAUCAGCCAGCCUGAUGGCUCCUACCAUGUCCUUAACGCGUUCACCAUCCCGGCCUAUGCCCAUCAUGACUGCGUCAAAAUCCCCGGCAAGUCCUGCUUCUACUGUGGCGUUGCUAACCACACCCUCCCCGUGUGCCCGACUCUCAAGUCGGACAUUGACCGCAACACCAUGCAAGCGCAAACGCAAACGUCGACUAUUCGCCGCGCCCUACCCAUCGACGUCGUGACGACCGCGAUGGUCGCGGAGGGCCAAGUGGCCAGGGUGGUUUCAGUGGCCGUGGUGGCCCAGGUCGUGAUGAUCGUAACCGUGGUGGUCGUGAUAACAGUGGCCACUGUGGAUAUGGACGUGAUGACCGUGGCAACGGGGGUGGCUCUGGUGGUCGAGACCGCAGACGUGAUCGUACUGGCCGUGACAACCACGGCUCUGGUCGUUAUGACCGUGACGCCGGCAACGCUGCUUAUGAUGCAGUCAACCGUGACCUUGGAUGCGGUCGUCCUCAGGCUGCUGCCAACUACACCAUCAUACCAUCCUCCCUCAACCGUGUCCUCGAAAAGCCUCAACCGCCUAGCGUGCUACCAAAAGUUUUUACUACGGGCUCUGCCCCACUGUUCGACGUAUUUGCAUCGCCGCCGCGCCCUCCACUACCUUCGACUCUUGCGCCUGCUUCGGCUCUGCCACUGGCGCCAGUUACCGUCGAACCGGCCUCAUUGCCAGCCAACUACGGGUCUCCCGUUGACGCCGGUGAUCUCGACUUCGCUGAAGUCCCGUCUAACGAGUGCCUUCUUGGCUGCCCGCAGCGACGUCGAUGACAUCCGUCCAUGCACUUUGCGCCUCAAUUUUGGCCAACAUUGCUCCGAACUACAGUUCAACCGGUUCUCCGUCCGCCAGGCGUCGGAUGACGACAUCACAGUCCGGUUUCCGGCUCGUGACGUGUGUGAGAUCACCACCUCCUUUGGAGACGUGCUUAAUGCACCCAACAAUGCCAUGGGCCUCUACUCGUUCCCUUCCCAACCCAAGGUCGUGCCCAUUGAUCCACACCAUGGGGAGUCUCUCCACAUUUCGGACUUGACCCGUUUCCGUGCCAUGAUGGCCUCGUUCGAAACCGCUCUGCGAACCUUUUCGACGAAAUACAGUGGAUUUUCCACUUUUAACGAUCAAUUGCAUAUGUUUGCUUACUCGUCGGUGUUGCGCUAUGCGCCUAUCACCCAUCGACCAUCUAUGGUCCCCAAGUCCCCUCCACCGCCUCCUCUCACUACAGACUCUGUCUACUUGAGUGUUGCCCAUGCAAUGCUUGGCACACCAACUACCACCCGUCUGACUCCAAACUCUCAGCAACUAGUCUUGCGCGCCUUUGGCACCGCCGUCUCGGUCAUCCUGGCAUUGAUGCUUUUGAACACAUGA